AACCCCAAACCCUAUGUCGUCAUUUCCCCAAGACUCAGCGGCUGCAGCUAAUGCCCAAUGCUGCUGCUGAGAGGGAAAGAAAGAGUGAAGAGAGGGAGGGAGGAAAGGAGAAGAAGAUAAAGAAAGGAAGAGUAGAGCGCGGAAUUCACGUCCCCGCUUCUUGGCGCGAACCUGGCAGGAAAAUUUUAAAGAGAUCGACCGUAGCUAGAUGCUUAUUUUCUAGAUAGCUUUGUGUUAGUGCAGACUAGCUCGGUCGUUAGCAUUUUUAACAUUCUUUACCUCAAGCCCCAUCUCAUCUGUGAUCUCUUAACUUCUUUAAAGCAUUUAAGGGUACAGUAGUCGCGUCAAGGUGCUCAUAUAAAAAUCAUCACAAUGGGGAGAAAGUCAAACAGAGCAAAGGAGAAAAAGCAGAGAAGGCUCGAAGAAAGGGCAGCUAUGGAUGCAGUGUGUGCCAAGGUUGAUGCAGCCAAUAAGCUUGAAGAUCCCCUUUCUGCCCUUCCAGUGUUCAAAAAAUAUGACCGAAAUGGGCUAAACCUGGAGAUUGAAUGUAAACGGGUAGCUGCGUUAAGUCCAGACACAGUGGAGUGGGCCUUUGAUUUGACUAAAGCCAACAUGCAGACGCUAUAUGAACAGAGUGAGUGGGGGUGGAAGGAGAGGGAGAAAAAGGAUGAGAUGAAGGAUGAGAGGGCGUGGUACCUCCUGGCCCGGGAUGCUGACUCCACACCUCUAGCAUUUUCCCACUUUCGAUUUGAUGUAGAGUGUGGAGACGAGGUUUUGUAUUGUUAUGAAGUUCAGUUAGAGAGUAAAGUCAGACGGAAAGGCCUUGGGAAGUUUCUCAUCCAGAUACUUCAGCUUAUCGCAAACAGCACACAAAUGAAGAAGGUCAUGCUGACAGUAUUUAAACACAAUCAUGGGGCUUAUCAGUUCUUCCGGGAGGCUUUACAGUUCGAGAUUGACGAAACUUCACCCAGCAUGUCUGGUUGCUGUGGAGAUGACUGCUCUUAUGAGAUUCUGAGCCGAAGAACAAAAUAUGGCGAGGGUUCGGGACACGCGCACGGUGGCGGGCACUGUGGAGGCUGCUGUCAUUAAAAUGAAGCAAGCCUACUAGUAUUUUCUCUGAGCUUCCUCAUCCUCAUUCCCUACCCACAUAGAAAGCUCUUAUUACAGUCUGUCCUGAUCAUUACCACCGAUUUAAGGCCCCUUUAUGCUUGCUCCUGGUUUUAACCUAAACUCAUUUACCAUUUCACAUAGAUACGGUAUUCCAUUCUCAGUUUCAUUGAGGUUUAAAUGGCCACUGUGAACCAAAUGUGACUUCUCUCACCUCAGGUAUCAGCAUGGUGAGGCGCAGUUGUAUGUCUGAGUUGUACAUUCUGUUGACAUCCAAAAAAAAUUGUUUUUCCCAUACAGACUGUUGGUUGUUCCCCUCAGCUAUUUUAUUACCAUAGUAAGUGAAUGCAAGUGUUGGUCACAGUGGUUAUUAAAGCCAUGUAACUCUAUAUCACUUUUCAGGGUAAAUGUAUUUUAACAAAAGCUAAAGUUUGCUAAAAUAUCUUCAUACUUUAAGAAUCAGAAGACAAUGAAUGGUACUGUUUAUAAAAUUCGUAAUCACUGAACUGACACAGUCUGUCUCAGGUCAUUCAUCUUAAGCUUUUAAUACGGCUAUAUUAGGGAAUUGGUGGAUGAGGGUUAUGUUGUUUGUUUGCUAAGAGUUGGCAAGUUAGUUAUGGUGGACCUUUAGUAUAGAAUUAUUCUUUCAUUUUACUGUUUUUUAAUGUAUCAUUUUAUCAUGUUACUGUAUAUUUCCAUUUUCUUCACUGUAUAUAUAUAUAUUCUGUUUUCCAUGUACAUUUUAUUUGCCUUCACAAAUCAUUGGAAGAAUGAUAUACAGACUUUAAAAGUGACGAGAGUUGAGCGUUCCUGUCUUGUGCUCUUAUUGAAUUGAAAGAUUAUUACAGCUUUGUCAUGUGUUUGAUUUGUAUGCAACAAAUAAAGAAAUCUUGUUUGAA